UUCUACAUUACUGGWGGGAAAAAAUACCCAUGUCUUGUGUAACGGCGCCCUUUAGUGCACCAGAAAUGCUACAACAGAUACAGAAAACUAAGAAAACACAGGAAGUGAUGUCAUCAACGUUUUCUGUACUUUUCUUUUAACAAUCAGCUAAAUCCCUCUGUCCCUCUGAGAUCCCUCUAUUUUUUGUGUCCCCAAGUGAAAGCAGCACACCAGACUUCCUGUUUCCGCUUCCAUAUUUGGUCAUGCUCCAAAGCUGUACUUUGUCAGGGAUYAUCUGACGGUCUGCGUUCAAAGGUUUUCCCGAGCCUUUCACUGAAACCUGUUGACCCUAAACCCGGGGUGAGAAGAGGAUGGCUUCAUUGUGGCAAAAUGUUCUGGCUGUGCACCAAUGGAUUGUGGAGAAUGGAGACAAGAGGACGGACCCCUGGCUGCUGGUCUACUCCCCUGUCCCGGUGGCGCUCAUCUUCCUGGUUUACCUCGGUGGGAUCUGGGCCGGACCCCGUCUGAUGAAACACAGAGAACCCGUUGACCUCAAACUGGUUCUUAUUUGGUAUAAUUUCUCCAUGGUUCUCCUGUCUGCAUACAUGUUCCAUGAGUUCCUGGUCACAUCGUGGCUCUCAGACUACAGUCUUCUCUGUCAGCCUGUAGAUUACAGCAGCCGUCCGCUGGCCAUGAGGAUGGCCAGAGUCUGCUGGUGGUUCUUCUUCUCAAAGGUCAUCGAGCUGAGUGACACGCUGUUCUUCAUCUUGAGGAAGAAGAACAAUCAGCUGACUUUUCUUCAUGUUUACCAUCAUGGCACCAUGAUCUUCAACUGCGUUCUUCAUCGGCCUGGUAAACACCUUCGUUCACAUCGUCAUGUACUCUUACUACGGCCUGGCAGCGUUCGGGCCUCACAUGCAGAAGUACCUGUGGUGGAAACGAUACCUGACGUCCCUGCAGCUGCUGCAGUUUUUCCUCUUCCUCCUGCACACGGGCUACAACCUGUUCACAGACUGCAACUUCCCCGACUCCAUGAACGCUGUGGUGUUUGCUUACUGCGUCACCCUCAUCGUCCUCUUCACCAACUUCUAUUUUCAGAGCUACCUGAACAGGAAGAAGCAGAAAUGAGGCCAAAACGGCUCCAGCUGCUGUGUUUGGUUUGUCCACCAGAGGGCGCCACCUGCCCACAGUCUGCAGGUUUUUACCACUGACUGAUGAGAGGUGGGAGAGGCACUAAGUCCAUUCUUCAAUUAUUUAUUUCUCGGUCUGGGAGAUGACAAACAUUCAAAUGCUUGUUGUAAACAAACUGUACAUUUAUACAAWUAUUAGAUGAUCAUUAUUAAUAAUAAUAGAAAGUAGGUUUCUCUGCAUUAUUGCAGGACAAAAGAGCCAAAACAGAGAUAAAACAAAAAUAAAAAUUUACACAGCUACAACAUCACAGCAAAAUGAUAUAUUCUUUUCUACACUUCAGUCUAAAACAGAUAAAAAGAUGUAGAUUACAGAGAAAAAAACAAAGAAGUUUGUAGUGUUUGAAAUUCACACAUUUAAAGAAAUGAAGAGGUCUGUUUGGACUGCAUUUGGAGGGUUUUUAUCACCAAGUCGGGUUUUUUUUUAAUAUGAGAAAUGUUUAACCCAAACCAGACAUAAAUAAUGUCAGCAAAUACUGAAAUUAAUGUAAUAAGUUGUUCUGCCUGUCUAAAUUCAUUGUGUUGAGCUGAAGUUCAGAUGGUAAAAAUGUUCAAUUCUGCUUCCUUCCAGCCAGACAAGGUUAUACUUUUAUCAGUGGUGUCCCAACACCAGUUUACCUCAAACCAAUACGAGUACUUCAGUUUGGGUAUUCACCGAUACCGAGUAUUUACUGAGUUACUUACACAAUGACUUAAUUUAGAACAAGCUGGCUCUCCUUCCCUAUACAGCCCCUCUGACUGGGUCAAAUCAAAUAUACAGCUUGAUAUAUACUGUUGAAUCAUUUUAAAAUAAAUAAAAAUAACAAAUAAGAUUUUCUUUCAACUUGUAUAAAUUUCUUAAACAUGGAACUGACAAAUGUUUUACUUGAAAUAUGAACUGUAACACAGUGACGGGAUCAGAUCCAGGUAUCGGGGCACUUUGUACGAGUAAGAGUACUUGUAAAAAUUCUGAUAAAGGUACUGGUAUUGGUAUCGGGACACUAAUACUUUUAAUGAAAGUUAAUGAAAAAUAGAAAAUCGGUACAGCUGCCCUUAAAUGUUUUUCUAACAUGUGUUUUCUUUAACUCUUUGAUUUCCUUUUAAAUUCUGGAUAAUUUAACAUUAAAAUUGAAGUUUGUUUGGAGGCAAA